GUAUGCAAGUAGAUUCAUCCUUAACCAUUUCUGCCAUUUGAUCACAAUUCAUCAGCAUUACCGUCCCGAAGAAGAUGAGAUGUGGUCCACGUUACGACUCGGAUCUUCGCCCUCUGGGUCGUCAACAUUGGAGAAGAUUAUGCAGCUUGGUUCUGCUGUUGUUAUUAUCUCUGAAACCACUUUCUAUCUUUUGGACCAGCAACACUCUACGCCUGUGCGGCAGGAGUCUGUUUACCCUUUUCGUGUUGCUCUUCAGCAGUACAUGGCAUCUCCCAAUGCAGCUGCCGUCAGGGAAGCUCUGAGCUCUGCCAUUCGCACAUAUGAAGCGGGCUUUUCUCACCGGAUACCAGGGUCGCCCAAAUACUUUCAGAAGAAGGCAGAGUUGAUCGACACAAUUAUUGAAAUUGUUUUACAACACCGCCUGCCAACACCUGGAGUCUAAGCAAAUGAAGAUAUUGGGCUCAGUGAAUCUCGGUUUCUUGACGGGCUGAUGGCAUGUAUGGCAUGUCAGUUGAGAUGAAAUUGUAUGAAACAUUGUAUGAUGAAGCAAUCGGCGGAUUUUAUGACAUGGUGGACGCGCGCGCGGUGGACAACGUCCUAUUCAUUUCGUACGAUAUCGUAACUUUUCUCACAGAAAAGAACUGUAUAUUUCAAUACCAUCACUUUCGGUUUGGCUGGAUCGGUGGUGGCGUGGUGCACAGCGAUGCGAUGGACGUUAUACGUCCCUAAUACAAUGUCAUGGUGGUUGCAUAGAUGGCCAGGGGCAUCGCUACAAAAUGUGUUCAGAAG